CCGGCCGGAUCGUGAUGCAUCGGCGGCAGUAGACACGACCCUAGCUCGUCAUGACAUCAACAUACAGCUACCACAUCGCAUCGCGCCAACAUGCAGGCCGACGAGCACCAUUCAUUCACUCCUCCAUCCAUGACGCUCAUCACCACCCUGCAAAAUCGUGCCCUGUCAUAUGUUCAAGUUGAGAAGAUCACGUCAGAUCAGCCUCGCCGCAGCAUCCACGUACCUGCCCUAAGCACCAGCACGACCAAUGUCUCACAAACGCAGCCUCACCGCACACCGAAACACGGCCCGCCUAACAUGCCAUUCCCACUCUGCCUUCCCGCCUAACCUUUCCCACUCGGCCCUCCGUCCUGCAUGUCUCCGACUCCGAUCAACCGUUCCCAACGCACCAAAGAAAAAUACGCACCGACCAAUCGCAUCCCCUCAGCAACGCGACCCUCCAGCCUGGCUUGGGUUGGGCCCUCGUGGUCAGAAUAAGCGCUCGGCAACCCGCAGGAUCCGGACAUCCGUGACUCUACUCUCUUUCCCACUCGCGUGCUUGGCACACCAAAUGUCCUUAUCCUUCCCGUGCCUUGCCUUGCCUUGCCUUGUCUUACAAAGCAGCGCAAAGCAAAGGCAGGUAAAACCCUACAAGGCGAUUCGCAGACCCAGGACGUGCGCAAUCUCCCAACAAGCAGCCUCGUUUUCCCAUCAUAUCACGCUCACGCGCGCGCGCGGGAUAAAAAAGAUGACCACGCAUCUUUUUCGGACGAAAAAAAUACACGUGUGCAGUGUAAAAUGAAGUAUUAAAAUGACCGACGCGCUGCAUUGUUUGAUUUGCCUGAGAAAAAAAAAAUGCUCCGGUUGGGGAUAAACAUGCGAGAUGGAUUCGCUCCGUAUGGCGAGAUCUUUUCCACGCAGAAAGAUCUGGCCAUACCAUACCAUACCAUACCAUACCUUAUCCAAUAAACCAAACCAAACCAGCACCAACCCCAUUGAAAGGAUAGUCAACUCCUGUUCAUCGCAAUCUCACGAAUCAAACUUUCCUCGUCUUGGCACAGGU